GGAGCCUCAGCGCGCAUGCCCGCCAGCCCCGGCUGCGCUCCGCGCCCGAAGCCUCCGCAGAAAGAGCGCGGCGCCUGAGGCGAGGAGGGCCGGGCAGGCGUCGGGCCCCCGCCGGGGGACCAUUCUAGGGCGGCCGCGGGCCUUCCGGCGGAGGGCCAGGCCGUCCACGUGGGCUGCGCCGCGCCUCUUCCGAAGACAGAGCUGCCGGGUUUGCGCCUCGCCAAGUCUCGGCUCCAGCUUUGCUUCGGACGGCGGCAGAGUGCGCGUCCUCGGCCCCGAUGCGUGGGCGGCCCCCGCGACUGCCCGCCCGGCCCGCCCGAAGGUGUCCUUGGCGAUGGCGCAUCUCUGCAAGCUCCCGGGACUCAGCCGUGAGGCGGGGGCGCGCGCGACCGAACCCCGGAGCACCGGGCCUCCGGACUGCGCGUCGGGCGUGCAAGCGGGCGGCGGGCAUCCCUUCGCUCCCCCCGCAGGCGCCAUGGCCCUGGCCUCCCUCCUGGUUGCCGGCGGCAGCGAGGAAUACCGCUCCCGUGCACAUCCCCGGAGCUCCGCGGCACCCCCGCUGGCCGGGCCGCUGCACCCCGCGCUAAAUGGGAGCUGCCAGAGUCCCGCCGGGCUGAGCGGGAGCAGCAGCUACACGACGCUGACGCCUCUGCAGCCGCCCCUGCCGCCCAUCGCCACCGUCUCGGCCAAGUUUCCCCACCAUCCCCAGUCACAGCCGCAGGCGCAGGACCGGCUGGCGGGCAACUUUCCUCUCUUCUCCGACAAUCUCUACCCCUCGCCGUACCCCAAAGAAGCGGCCGGCCUGGGGCAGAGCCUUUCCCCGCUGGGCGGACUCCACACCACCCAGCAGGGGCCGCCGCAUUAUGCCCACGCCGGAGUCGCCACGCCGGCCGAGAAAAUGCUCACCCCCAGCGGCUUCGAAGCCCAGCACCCGCCCCUCUUAGCCCGGCCGGGCGACCAGCAUCUCACCCAGACUGCGGCCGGCCUAGUUCCGCUUGGCGGGGUCCAUCACCGACCUCACAGCCACCUGAACGCCCGUGGGCACGGGCAGAUCCAAGCCCCCUCCGGGGAACCCAAACCCGCCGCCGCCGCCUCGCGAGGAAGCGCCGGGAGCCACUCGGGGCAGCCGGAAGAGAUCAACACCAAGGACGUGGCCGAGCGGAUCACCACCGAGUUGAAGCGCUACAGCAUCCCGCAGGCCAUCUUC